UGCGUUUUGUCUGGUUCUCUCUGGGUCAAAAGUUAUCUCGGGCACUUAAUGAUCGGGGCACUCUGAAAGACACAACGACAUCUACUAAAAUGAGGUUUUGUUUAGUGAUAUAUUCUCUCCUUAACCUGUGGAAAUUAAGCUGGGAAUUUCCAGAAGAGCGACAAGCUGGAUUAGUUCCGAAUUGUGGAGACACGUGGUCGAACGUCGCUAACCCCUGCCAACAUAACCCCGACCAACAGCUGUACUACCCCCACCCCCACGACGCCGCCAAGUUCAUCCAGUGUACAAAGGACGGGGAGAUGUACAUCAUCCAGUGCCCCGCGGGCAAGGAGUACAACCCGUCAGUCACCCAGUGUGCCCAUCCCGUGACCACCACGGCGCCUCUACCAGCAGUGACGAAUCCUUGCACACAAGACGUUGUAGCCGCCAAAAAGAUCUUCUUCCCUUACCCCAACGACCCGUCCCGCUUUAUGAUGUGUGAGGGGGUCAUGCAGGUUAACAUCAUGACCUGCCCCUCUCCCUUGGUGUGGGACCAGGGUCGGGAGUCCUGUGUUUACACCGUCCUCACCGGAAGUCAGCCCUCACCCAAUGUCGUCACCACCGUGGCUCCAGACUAUUCUCGUCAGAAAUGCCCCAAUACAACACAGCCUACAGACGAAAUCUACUUCCCCCACCCCGACGCCUCCAAGUUCAUCCAGUGUGCUGCGGGGGGCACGGCCUACGUGCUGAACUGUCCCGAGGGUACGAUAUGGAGAGAGAGUGCGAAGAAGUGCCUGUCUCCAUUCGCUAGCCCAGACCUGCCACCCACGUUGUAGAGGGACGAGGAUGAAGACGAGGGGUGAUCUCAAUGUAUAUAUACUGCCUUAGUGAAUAAAAACUACAGAAACUUG